GCUGCUCCUCCUCUCAUCGCCCAUGUCUUCCGCCCUCCGCUCCGUCCUCAGGCAGUCCCGUCGCAGCGCCUUCGCCUCCCCGGCCAGGCUCGCCUCGACCUCAGCAAAACAGUCCACCCUCAAGGACAGACUCGCUGAGCUCAUUCCAGCCGAGAUUGAGACCGUAAAAGCCACGCGUGCCGAACAUGGCAAGAAGUCGUUCGGCCCUGUUCUUGUAGAUCAGCUCUACGGCGGCAUGCGCGGCCUUCCCGCUCUCAUCUGGGACGGUUCCGUCCUCGAUGCAGAGGAGGGCAUCCGCUUCCGCGGCAAGACCAUUCCUGAUUGCCAGGCCCUUCUCCCCAAGGCCCCUGGUGGGUCCGAGCCUCUUCCUGAGGCCCUUUUCUGGCUUCUCGUCACCGGCGAGGUCCCGACUCAGGAGCAGGUCACUGCCCUUUCCAAGGACUGGGCUGCCCGCGCCGCUAUCCCGGAGUUCGUCGAGGAGCUCCUCGACAGAUGUCCUCCCACCCUCCACCCUAUGAGCCAGUUCAGCUUAGCUGUCACCGCUCUGAACCACGACUCCGCAUUCGCAAAAGCCUACUCCGAGGGCAUCUCCAAAAAGGAGUACUGGAAGCCGGUUUUCGAAGACUGCAUGGACCUGAUUGCCAAGCUGCCGAACAUUGCCGGCCGUAUCUACCGCAACGUCUACGGCCAGGGCAAGCUCCCUGCCAUCGACGCUGAGAAGGACUACUCGUGGAACCUCGCCACGCUUCUCGGCUUCGGCGACAACGCUGGCUUCGUCGAGCUGCUCCGACUUUACAUCACCAUCCACAGUGACCACGAGGGUGGCAACGUCUCGGCGCACACCGGCAAGCUUGUCGGCUCCGCGCUCUCUGACCCCUUCCUUGCGUUCAGUGCCUCCCUGAACGGUCUCGCGGGCCCGCUCCACGGUCUCGCUAACCAGGAGGUGCUGGUCUGGUUGCGCAAGAUGCAGUCGAAGAUCGGCGAGAACGCCAGCGACGAGGCCGUGCGCGAGUACGUCUGGUCGACGCUCAACGGCGGUCAGGUCGUCCCCGGCUACGGCCACGCCGUCCUGAGGAAGACGGACCCGCGCUACACCGCGCAGCGCGAGUUUGCGCUCAAGCACCUUCCCGAGGACCCGAUGUUCAAGCUCGUCGGCCAGAUCUACGAGAUCGUGCCCGACAUCCUCCUCAAGGCUGGCAAGGCGAAGAACCCGUGGCCCAACGUCGACGCGCACUCGGGUGCGCUGCUGACCCACUACGGCCUGACGCAGAUGAACUUCUACACCGUCCUCUUCGGUGUCUCGCGCGCCUUCGGUGUCGCUGCACAGCUCAUCUGGGAUCGUGCCCUUGGUGCUCCUCUCGAGCGUCCGAAGUCCUACUCGACGGCAGCUAUCCAGAAGAUCUUCAAGGACAAGCAGUAAACGCGGCUCUGAGAUGUCGCGCUGCAUUCUCCCCUACUGGUUGACCUCUAUGGAUGCAUACUGGUGUUCUCCCCAGUGCCUGGGUUGUUAGACUACCAUACGUAGUGUAUGUAUACUGAAGCCUCUUCGAGUGCUUACGUAAUAUGAAUGUUGUUACUCGUCAAA